UUUAUAAUUAUAUAAUUGAAUAUUAAACGCAGAGUUAGCAAUGGUUCUGAGUUGUGUGUGAUCAAUUUCAAGUCAAAACCAUGGGUUCGUCGUCCCUAUGGCCUCCAAAAGUGUCGAUGGAGGUUCAUGUCAAAAAUCGAGGGAAGCUUCUCAAAUCCCUUCGCCAACACCUCUCUGAAUCUUCGCGUCCUCUUCAUGGCUUUGUGCUCCUUCAGGGUGGCGAAGAGCAAACUCGUCACGACACAGACCACAUCGAACUCUUCAGGCAGGAGAGUUACUUCGCUUACUUGUUUGGUGUGAAAGAACCUGGCUUUUAUGGAGCUAUUGACGUUGGAACUGGGAAUUCUAUCCUAUUUGCUCCUAGGUUACCUGAUGAGUAUGCUGUUUGGUUGGGAGAGAUAAAGCAACUUUCCUAUUAUAAGGAACACUAUAUGGUUAGCACAGCAUGCUUUACUGAUGAAAUUGCAAGUGUAUUGCAACAAUAUUACCAGGGUUCGGGGAAACCUUUACUGUUUCUCUUGCAUGGUCUUAAUACAGAUAGCAAUAAUUUCUCUAGACCAGCAGAGUUUCAGGGCAUCAAUGAGUUUGAUAAGGAUCUGACAACUUUGCAUCCUAUAUUGACUGAAUGUCGUGUCAUCAAGUCAGAGCUAGAGAUUGCUCUUAUUCAGUAUGCUAAUGAUAUAAGCUCCGAAGCUCAUGUUGAGGUUAUGAGAAAAACUAAAGUGGGCAUGAAGGAGUAUCAGCUUGAAAGCAUGUUUCUUCACCACACAUACAUGUAUGGUGGAUGUAGGCAUUGUUCCUACACAUGCAUUUGUGCUACUGGUGAAAAUAGCGCUGUUCUUCAUUAUGGGCAUGCAGCAGCUCCUAAUGAUAGGACUUUGGAAGAUGGAGGCAUGGCACUGCUUGAUAUGGGAGCUGAAUACCACUUUUAUGGGUCUGACAUAACAUGUUCUUUCCCUAUAAAUGGAAAGUUUACACGUGACCAAUCUCUUAUAUAUAGCGCUGUCCUUGAUGCUCAUAAUGCUGUUAUAUCUGCAAUGAAACCUGGAGUAAGCUGGGUUGAUAUGCACAUAUUAGCAGAAAAAGUAAUUCUGGAGUCACUAAAGAGGGGACAUAUUGCUGUGGGCGAUGUUGAUGACAUGAUGGCUGCACGCUUGGGUGCUGUUUUUAUGCCACAUGGUCUGGGGCAUUUCCUUGGUAUUGACACACAUGACCCUGGAGGCUACUUAAAGGGGCUGGAAAGAAGAAAGGAACCUGGAUUAAAAUCCUUGCGUACAAUCAGAGAGCUCCAGGAAGGAAUGGUUAUCACUGUGGAGCCUGGAUGCUACUUUAUUGAUGCUCUGUUACUUCCGGCCAUGAAUAGUCCAGAAACUUCCAAGUUUUUAAACCAGGAAGUGGUUAACAGAUUUAAUGGUUUUGGUGGAGUCCGAAUUGAGAGUGAUGUGCUUGUUACUGCUGCUGGUUGCUACAAUAUGACCAAGUGUCCGAGGGAAAUACGGGAGAUUGAGGCUGUGAUGGCAGGAGCACCAUGGCCAGCUUAGAAGACCUCUACUCAUGUUGGAAAUGGAUUAGAAAGAGUUUGAUUUCAACCAUCCUAACAGCUGUGUCGGUUUCUAGUUCUUUAAUAUAUACUUUUUCCAACUAAAUUUUUCUUUGGAGUCUUAUACACUACAUUUCAAAAGGAAAAUAAAAAUAAAAAAGGCAGAUCCUUAAAUAAUCAUAAGACUAUGUGGUUACUUGCAAAAAUUUAAGGAAUAAGCGCUUCAUUGCAAAGGUCGACUGUAGUUAUGUUUUAUUUGACAAUUGCUUCUUAUUAAUUGUCGAGGUGCAAGUGCUCCUCAAAUUUGAAGUGCU